AUGUACUUCCUAAUGGAUUUUCAACCACAAGUAAGAAUCAGUAAAGCUCACAUAUACAUUGUCAAAUGGAAACUACCCCGUUUGUAUAUUCUGAACCAUGUGCUCUCUACCAAUAAUAAUUUUUAUUAAUCAGAGGUCUGUGCUUAAUAUGAGUGACCACUUUGAUGAUGCAUUCAGAGAUGAGAAGAUGCUCAAAGUUGUUGUAAUAAAUACAUCUUUAAUAGACACUUAAAUAAAUAAAGUCAAUUCAUACGAAUAGUUGAAAACAUUACCUACAAUCCUAAUUUAAAACACAAAUAAAUCUGGUAAAAAGAUUAAAGAAAAUAUUAUUAUUGCAAUAACAUGCCACCAAUGUUUUUCAGCCUCGGGAAAGAGGGCCAUAUUGCCAGAUUAAUCAUCAUGUCCCUCUGGUACGCCUGUACUUUGAGGGGGGUGACCUGUGGAAGGACUUCAGGCUGACCAGGCCCUCCCUGGAGCACCUCAUCCACCUCCUCCAAGGGGACCAUUACCAUGGAUGGGGGAAGGCACUCGAGGUGCUUGAUUUUGUUUACUGGCUUGCCUGUGGCACAUCAUAUUGGGUUGUGUCAGAGACCUUCGACAUCCCUCGUUCGACGUGCCACGAUAUGGUCCACAGGGUCAGCAGCGACAUCCAGCAAGUUUUCCGGAGAUUCAUGCAUUUGCCCAACAGGGCUGAGUUGGAGGAAAUUGGGGCUGGGUUCCAGCAGUUGGCUGGUCACCCAGCUUUCUGCAAAGUGGCAGGAAGCAUCGACGGAUGUCAUGUCCGUAUUGUGCCCCCUGGACAGUUUGGAGCAGACUUUUUUAACAGAAAACUGUCCCACUCUGUCCAGUUUCAGGCCAUUGUGGACCACAAAGGACGCUUCCUGGAUGUGCACGUCGGUUUCCCUGGCUCCUUGCACGAUUCGCGGGUCCUCGGGUGCAGCCCUGUGUACGUGCACCAGCUGUACCCUCCUCCAGGAUGGUACCUAUUAGGGGAUGGGGGUUAUCCCUGCAUUUCAGAACCACUCACACUUAUCAGCCCAUUCAGGGAGUCUUUGAGGAAUCCCACCCAAGAGAGGUUCAAUGCCAGGCAUUCUCGGGCCAGGAGUGUGGUGGAGAGGGCAUUUGGAGUACUGAAAACCAGGUAG